AUGGCCGCCGCGCACAACGACGCGCACCGGCGCUUCCUGCAGGCGCUGCUGGCCCGCGGCGUGGUGGAGGCGGCCGAGGCGGAGCGGCUGCGCCGGCUGUGCUGCCAGCGGCACCAGGCCCCGCGCGCGACCGAUCCGCUGGACGACUUCAUCGGCGGGCUGAACGUGCAGCUGCAGCCCUUGUCCAUGGAGAUCCGGAAGGGCUCCGCGGAAGACAGCGGGAAAGCCUACUUCGCCCUGGUGAAUCUGGCGGAAACCGAGAUUACCAAACUGGCAAGUGACUUCUCUGAAAACGAGCUCGAGCUGUUCAAAAAGACACUGGACCUGAUCCUGUUGUCUGGGAAUGGCUUUGCAUCAUCCACCGAGAUCUUGAACUUGGCUGACCAGUUGAAGCCAAAGAAAAUGAAGAAGAUGGAGGUGGAGCAAGUGCUUCAACAGCUGGUGCAGAAGAAGUGGCUGUGUGAGAAAGAAGGGGAGUACACCCUGCACAUCCGCAGCAUCCUUGAACUGGAGCAGUACAUCUUUCGCCAUUACCCGGAGUCUGCCCGGAAAUGCCACAUCUGCCACAGCCUUUCUGUUCAGAGUCAAGUGUGUGAGGAUUGUGGAAUAGUGCUCCAUUGCUCUUGCCUUUCCAAGUACUUCCAAGCGCAACCAGAGCCACGUUGUCCUCACUGCAAACAGUUUUGGCCUCACAAGAUUCCAGACUUCCAACCUCCCAGCCACUUGCCCUCAAGUGCCAGGAGAGAGAGCAGGAAGGCCUCCAGGAUGGGCUCCAGGCAGCAACAGUAACAGCCACCGCCUUUCGGAUGAGACGGAGGAGCAGGUUCUUUCUCUGGGGGCAUCUGAAACUGCAAGGGCUUGUGCUGCCAUUUUUAUUGGCAGCCAUUUUGCCUUUUUUGCUUUGAAUGGUGAUUGGGCAAUUGGCCUGCCACUUAUUUACUGCCUAUGGAGCAUUAUCCUUAACAUUUCUCCUUUAUUUUAUAAAGGGGUGCUAUUCCACUUAAAGCCAGGAUACUCCACUCACCCCGUGGGCCAUCCCUGCCUCUUCCUAAAGAUGUUUUGAUGUUGGCAUCACUCACCCUCUCUGAACUGGUGGGACUUGAGUAGGCUGUAGAUCCAUUAGGGAAUUUUAAUUUCCUUGCAUAUUUCGCCCAAGAACCGAUCCCUUUGGGACUCUGCGGGAUGACUUGCCUUAAUGUUGGUAGCUGCAAGUGACAUAUUUUUUACUGACAAAAUAAACUUGGAACUGAGUAUU